AUGUUAGGUACUAAUAAUUCAUAUCUAUUAGGAACUAAUUCAGGAAUAUUUUCUGAUGAAUGUUUAUCUGAUGAUAAUGACGAUUCAACAAAUAUAAAUGGUCAUUUAAUCAAUCAUAAAAAUAAUAAUAUGAAUUCAACAAAUUCUAAUGAUGAUAAUAUUCGUCGAUAUCGAACAGCAUUUUCACGUGAACAAUUAGCAAGACUUGAAAAAGAAUUUCUUCGUGAAAAUUAUGUUAGUCGACCAAGACGUUGUGAAUUAGCAGCUGAAUUACAAUUACCAGAAUCAACUAUUAAAGUUUGGUUUCAAAAUCGUCGAAUGAAAGAUAAACGACAAAAAUUAGCAUUUGCUUGGCCAGGUUAUCCUGGUGAUCCAUUUUCAUAUUUUUCUUAUAUGUAUGCAGCUGCUGCUUCAAGUUAUGUUCCAUCUCAAUCGGGUAUUAAUCCAAUGGUAUUACCACCACUAAAUCCUUUAACAACAGCUGCUGUUCGAUUAGCAACUACAAAAAUUCGACCAAUGCCAACAUCACAAAUACUCAAUGGAUCAACAGAUACAAUAACAUCAUGUUCAUCGGCAUCAUCACCAACAUCAUCUAGUUCAUCACCAAAACAAAAUCAUCAACAACAUUCACCAAUAAAACCUACAAUCAAUUUUGCGUUACCAGCCAUGGGUUUAGCAAGUUUUUUAUCACAUGCAGUGAAUGAAUCAACAACAACAACAACAAGCACAUAA